UGUCAAAUGAAUGUUUAUGGUUUAAGUUCCAUAUCUUUUAAAUUUCUAAUUUGCGAUUUGAUUAAUUUAUGGUACUGGAUACUGAUAUUGUUUCUAUUUCCAAAAAAUAACUGAGUUUCUGCGCCAGCGCGUGAUCUGUGAGUCGCGAGGCGGGAGCAGAAGUGGCAGCACAUAAAUAUUGAACAUGCGGUGUUGUGUGCCUUUCUGCAGGAGCACUGCAGCCAAUGUGCGCACAGCAGAGGGCAGACGCAAGGACGAGGGGAUUACUUUUCACGGUUUCCCUAGUGAAGCAUGUCUACGUGCAGCUUGGCUCAGAGCCCUCGGCAAACAAGACACUCAUCUGCCAGACUCUGCUGUGGUCUGCUCGCAGCAUUUUCUGAGUGAUGACUUCAGUGAGACUGAAAGUGGCUCGAGGCAGAUUGCUCCUGGCGCCAUUCCUUCAACAGUGCUGGUAUGCACAAUGUGCCUGGACAGUGACAGCAAGCAGUUGCUAAUGAGUAAAUACAAGUUGGAUGAGGCAUACCAACAGUUUAUUGGUCUUCCUUUGUGUGAUCGAGGGAACCUGCAACAAACACUUUGUGUACGAUGUGCUCACAGACUGAUAAACGUCACCAGAUUUAGAGACGACAGCUUGAGAACCCGCUCACUGAUGAAGGACUUAGUUGAGAAACAUGAAGUUAUAACAAACCAACAUAUAAAAAUGAUAACCCAAGACCAGAUACAUCUAAAACGCAAGUUUGUGAUUACAACUCUAGCUCCCAACUACUGUGACUUACACAUUGUAGAAGAGCACGAUAAAGACAAACAGACAGAAUCAGUAGAAACUGUACACAGUGACACAGUUGUUGUGAAAACUGAAGACAGUCUUGACGCUAUGUUGGCUGAUGAAAACUUAGAAGUGAAAGAAGAAUAUGAUGAACUGGAUGCAUCAAAUGGACAGCACUCGGCAUCUGACGAGAGCUCAUUGUGGAGACCAAGUCUACUGGAUGAAGUUCUGCAACAGGAGCGAGCUUUGAACCCAACAGUUGCACAUUUGACCAGAAUACAGGAUCUGGUGACGUUUCCAGAUGAGACUGUCAUUAAGCAAGAGUUCAGUGCUCACAUGACCAUGCACCGUCAGACCAGCGAUGCUGACAGCGAAUGUGUGACGUCACAAGUGAGUGAGCCUGAUGCAGCUGUGAGCUCUGGCUGGCACUCGGCGCACCUCAUUGAGCACAAUUAUGCAGCUCAGCGCGUGGACAAUGACUCUCCCCCUCCCACAGACGUGGCUGCACCUGCAGGUAUUUCAUUGUCUGUGGCAACUGUGGAUGCAGAAGACGGUACAUUGAAGAAAACUAAACAAGAACUUGGCAAAUGGACUCCUCGUAAUGUCAAUAUGAAACAGAUACUAGUACUCGCGGAACAUCACAAUGCCAAGAAAUUUUUCGUUUGCUAUUUUUGUCAAUACAAAUCUAUCCACAAAAAUGACUUAGCAGAUCACAUGCUAACUCACGCGCUUGAAAAUCGAAAGCCUGCCUUGAAAAAGUUUUUCUUUUGUGAUUUUUGUAAACACAAAUCUACCCACAAAGCGAGUUUAGCUGUGCACAUUAGAACUCACACUGGGGAAAAGCCAUUUUCUUGUAAUUUAUGCAAGUAUAGAGGUUCUACCAAAGGUCAUUUAAAACUUCACAUGCGAACUCACACCGGUGAAAAGCCUUAUUCUUGCAAGUCGUGUGAGUUCAAAUGUGCCCAUAAAAGUGCCUUAGUGAUUCAUAUGCGAACUCACACUGGUGAAAAGCCUUAUGCUUGCAAUUUAUGUGAAUUCAAAGCUUCUCAAAGAUGUAGUGUAGUUUCUCACAUGCAACGUAUUCACAGUGAUGAAAAGCGUUAUACUUGUAAGUUGUGUGAGUAUAAAUGUUCAGCUAAAGACACGUUAAUAAAACAUAUUAAGCGAAGUCACGCUAGUGGAAAAUUUUACUCUUGUAAUGUAUGCGAGUUUAGGAGUACUCUAAAACCUAUCCUAUUGAGUCACAAGCGAACUCACGGUGAAAAGCCAUUUUCGUGUAAUUUUUGUGAGUAUAAAUGUAGGACAAAAACUAUCUUAUCCAACCACGUGCGUAUUCACACUGGUGAGAAACCGUAUUGUUGUGACUAUUGCGGGCAAAAAUUUACUUUUAAAGGUACCAUAAGAAUUCAUAUACGAACUCACACUGGUGAAAAGCCUUAUUCAUGUAAGUUGUGCAAUUUCAAAACUUCUCACGGUGACUACAUAAUAACCCAUAUGCGAACUCACACUGGUGAAAAGCCUUAUUCUUGCAAAUUGUGCAAGUACAAAAGCGCUAAAUCUCAAACCCUGCGUAUUCAUAUGCGAACUCACACUGGUGAAAAGCCUUAUUCCUGCAAGUUUUGUGAGUUCAAAUGUUCUCAAAGCAGUAGUCUAAUGACUCACAUGCGAGCUCACACUGGUGACAAACCUUACUCUUGUCAGCUAUGCGAGUAUAAAUGUGCACGUCACAUGUAUCUCAAGCAGCACAUGCUCACACACACUAGCGAGGCCCUGUAACACGCGCACGCACACUGUCAGGCUCAACACGUGUGUGUUGUCUAGUGUGCGCACAGAGUAUAGUGAAUACACAAGCAAGCAGUCUGUCAUCGAAGGACACCUUCCUUUAUUCAUAAGAGUCCUUAACAUUGACUUUUUGCGUCAACGUUCCUAAUAAGAACUGCCAAAAUGUGGAAUGCCCUGCCGGCGUCGGUGUUUCCUGUCACGUAUAGUUUGUGCACCUUCAAGGCAAGAGUGUAUAGGCAUCUUCUAGGCAAGCGGGCUUCAUCUUAGCCCUCAUCAUUGCUUUCCAUCAGGCUUGAUUGUAGUCAAGCGUAAGCGUAAUUACAUAAAAAAAAUUAAAAAAACUUCCAAUUUUUCCAAAAUAGUUUUUGACCUGAUAACGUCUUUUAACCAUUUGACUCCUAAAUGGAAGACCGGUCGCCCAUCGUAUCCGUUACGUGACAUGUAAAAAAAUAUAAAGUAAACUAAGGGCAACAGGCGAGCACACUAUCAUGCCCCGCGCGAUAGAGGAAUAUAAAGAUGUUUAAAUGGCUCACAACGGUAGAUUAAAACCGCAUUCCCUGACUGUCGGCUUCUUCAACGCAGACGGACUUUUCGAUAAAAUACUCGCGGGCAACGAAUGGUUAAAUCGAUGAACGCCGGCUCGCAGCAAAAAGCACGAUUCAUUGUCACGUCCCGCCUGAGCCGAGCGAGCAAAGAACAAGAGAUUGAGAGGCAAGAUAAGCCAUACCUCCAACAGACUUUACUGACGACAUUUUUUUAAUUAUGCGAUUAUAAUUUAAAAUUCACGAAAAUCUCGUUCCUUCUCCAUUAUAAGUCUACAUAAAAGCCCCUAUCUUUUAUAAAUAAUUCACUAUACCUUUUAUCUACCCAUUUUAUUGGCGAAAAGUAAAAGUAGUUAUUUAGAAAGACGUACCGGAAAGAGAUUUAGCGUUCCAGUACGAUUUCGUGUAAAAACCGAAAGGGGGUGUGAAUUUUCAUCCUCUUAACGAACUUCUAAAGAAUUAAAAAAAAGUACGUUCAUUUAAUAUUUUCUAGAUAAAGUCUCAGGUAUCCGCUAGACUAAUAUACUUUUAUAUUUUAACUUUUGUAUGCGUUUUUGACACAUACAAAAGUUAAAUAUUAUUGAUUAAAAAUUGUUUGCUUAAUUAAUUGGUUCUUGUAUGGUUUGAAAACAAUUUGACCCGGUAGGUGGCGCUGCAAAUUAAAUCAAUUGUUCUUGUAUAAUUUCUUAACAAUUAACACUUCUAAAACAUCUUACGUACAUGAUUUUCGAAGCUUGAAAUAAAAAAAAUCUAGAUUUCAACCCACUUACAAUCAACGAUAUUAAAAUUCAAACAUCUCACGCAGAAAAAUAUUUAGGCCUAUUAAUAGAUUACAAAAUAUUCAAAACGCAAUGUAAUUAAAAUUUUGUUAUAAUAAUGCAUGCUGUCUGCAAAAGUGACGAUAUGUUAUUUCUAAGAACAGUACAUUUUUUUUUGGAGAAAAUAAAAAAUCUUUAAAGCGAAAUGUAAUAAAUUAGGUUUAGUAUCAUAGUUCUAUCAGUAGGUACUUGUUUAAUAUAUUAUAGUUUUGACAACCAG